AUGCUUUCUCUCUCAAAACCGAUAUUUUCGCGUGCAGCGAGUGCAUUCGCUUGCAGAACACGAGCCAUCGCGCUCUCAGGGAAAGCUCUGCCAGUCUAUUGUACAAGGAGACAUGCUAGUGCGAGACCAGCAUACGAAGGCCACACGCCGCUGAACUGGUUUGAGAACGCCUUCCUCGCGGUGGGCUCAGGCAUCGUUCUGCUCACCGAUCCAGCUAGGGCAGAUAUGGUCGCUGCUCUUGGAGAAACCACCGCAGGUCCGUCGCUUCCAUGCCUUCGAGAACACAUGCUUGAAAGCGCCGAGGGCAGACGCAUCCUCAAGGCGCGGCCGCGCAUCAACACGCGUACCGUUGAUAUGGCAUCUCUAGCUGCGUUGCCAGAGAAUACACUCGGACGCACCUAUGUCUCCUGGCUGGAGCGGUGCAACGUUACUCCCGACUCUCGCGAACCCGUACACUACAUCGACGAUCCCGAACUCGCGUACGUAAUGCAACGUUAUCGUGAAUGCCACGACUUGUACCACGCUGCUAUCGGACUGCCUGUUGAUGGGCUCUCCGAGCUUGCCGUCAAGGCGUUUGAAUUCGCUAACCUCGGACUUCCGAUGGCAGCGCUCUCCGCUACUCUCGGACCACUUCGUCUUUCAAGCGCUCGGAAAGAAAGAUACUUCAAGGAGUAUCUGCCAUGGGCACUUCGCUGCGGAGGGAGUGCGAGAAGCAUGAUUACCGUAUAUUGGGAAGAACGAUGGACCCAAGAUAUCGGCGAAUUAAGACGAGAGUUGGGCUUGACAGAGCCUCCGCCGACGGUUUGGAAGAAGCCUCGGAAGCCUCUCGACAGCCAGACUCAACCGCACACUGGAGAAAUUCCAGUACAGUGAUUUCCAUUCUUGCCGUUAAUUAUGUCGUAAAAUACACAUGCC